AUGCAGUUCUACGCUGUCGUGGUGGCCGCUUUGGCCGCGGCUGUGUCCGCCCAAUUCCCUACCAACAUUGACCCUGCGCAGCAAUCUGCUCUGCUCGCGCUUGCGACUGCGCUCCCGCCGUCUAUCCUCGCUGCCGCUGCUACCAACCAGGCCGCCUUUGCCUCUGAGGUUGCUUCGUCCAUCGCGGCUGGCAACACGCCCGCGUGGUACCAGGCUCUUCCCACCGACGUCAAGUCUGCGCUCGCCUCCAUCUACCCUGUCUCGACUCCCGCUGCGUCGACGCCGUCCGAGACUGCCGCCCCAUCCUCAUCGUAUGAGGCGAGCUCUGUUGCUGAGAGCAGCUCCGUUGAGAGCAGCUCCGUUGCUGAGACCACUACCGCCGUCGUCACUUCCGUCAUCGUCACUUCCGCCCCUGUCGUCGUCCCCUCUGGCACUGGCGCCUCCUCCAUCGGCACCAACUCCACUGGAGUCACCAGCGUGAACACGCCAACCCUCUCCGGCAGCACCGGUAGCCCUCAACCCACCGAGGCCCCAGGCGCUGCCUCGAUCCCCUCCGCUGCCAUUGGCGCCGGCAUUGCUGGCGCCCUUGCUUUCCUCGGCAUGCUCGCCUUGUAA